UGUCCCUAUUAUUCCUUAUCUCUAUGUAACUCACAUAAAUUCUCCGCUUGGAAGUGAUAGCAAACGUGAACUUAUAUUCCAAGAAGAGCCUUAUCGGACACAUUGGGCUACAAACAAGGAGCAACGAAAUUUGUGGUCAUGAAUAUCCACCUCUGAUGAGAAACUUCCACACAUCUCAACUAAAGGCGCCCCAUCUCCGUGAACAGGAGACGGCGCUAUGCAUAUCCAUCAGCCGUUCACUAUUCGCGGUGGGGAAUGUAUAUUGGAGCAUUCCUGUCCCUCCUUCUGGUCCGCCUCUCGAAAGUGUCUGUCAAGAUCAACGUCGACAGAGACGCGUCUCUAUCUUUGUGACAAACUCCGAUCCCUCUAGGGAUUAUGGUCUUCGUGCACCAAGGUUUGUGCAGUUGGAUUGCGAACACUUCUUCACGCGAAGCUCUUACUACGAGACACCUCAUUCGUAUGCUUAUUGCCCACUCUGCAUAUGGAGGAUACCUUACUAUCUCUAUCACUGCCAAAUGGAGAACGAACUGAUGGAGAAGUACUGGAUUAUCACGGAGGAGAAUGUGGGAAUACUUGGGCGCAAUUUUCAGAUGACGUUCCGGUUGGACACCAACCCUUGCGCGCCUUUGUUUUGGAAAGAUGAUGCUGAGGUUUGAAAGGUCCCGCUGAGUAUGAGGUUUAAAAGUGUUUUAUGAUACCAUAUAUAUUUCAUGUCUUGCAUCAGCGACAGUGUGUGGAUCGUUGUAAUCGUAAU